UCCUAGUCGAAUUGGACUUCACUGUAGCGAUUAUUACAGCGCUGAAGGCGCGUUGACCACAAGUUGUCGACAAAAUGCGUUUCCUUUUACCUUCACUUCUGUAUGCUGGGCUAGCGACGACAUUCGUUAACGCGUUCUACCUUCCCGGUGCUGCGCCUCGCGACUACCAACCUGGCGAACGCGUCGAGUUGUACGUGAACGCCCUGACACCUAUGAUCGGAAGGAAUGAUAAUGGGAAACUAAAAUCCAUGAUAAACUAUGAUUACUACAAUCCAGCCUUCCACUUCUGCGUGCCUGACGAAGGUAUCAAGGACCAGCCAGAAGGACUGGGCUCUAUUUUGUUCGGAGACCGUAUCUUCAAUUCGAAAUACGAUGUUGAGAUGCUCCGCCAAAACGGUACAUGUCGUACCCUAUGUACCACAAGUGUUCCCCCAGAGGACGCAAAAUUCAUCAAUGACCGCAUAAAAGAGGACUACGCGAUAAACUGGCUCAUUGACGGUUUGCCCGCCGCCGAGAUGAAGGAGGACCUCUUGACGAAGGAAAUAUUUUUCGAGAUGGGCUUUAACCUCGGUAAUGACGAUGGAGAACUUGCCAACCGUCCGGCUCUCAAUAACAAUUACGAUAUCUAUAUAAGGUACCACGAACCUUCGCCGGGCGUCUAUAGGGUAGUUGGUGUACUGGUCUGGCCUGCGAGCAUCGGAGAGAACCAGGAUUCCGAGACCUGCGACUCCACCGAUUCGACCACUCCCCUGUUCUUAAGCGAAGAACAAGAAACGCCAGUGCGUUAUACUUAUCGCGUGUUUUGGACCGAAUCGGAUACGCCAUGGGCUACUCGCUGGGAUAACUAUCUACACAUUUUCGACCCAAAAAUCCAUUGGUUCAGUCUCAUUAAUUCUCUUGCAAUCGUCGUAUUCCUCUGCAUCAUGGUCGGUAUGAUAGUCUAUAGAAGUGUUUCGAGAGAUAUUUCGCGGUAUAAUGCCAUUGAUCUAAGCGAAGACGUACAGGAGGACUUCGGGUGGAAACUUGUUCACGGAGAGGUUUUCAGAGCUCCAACGAAUCCGCUCAUCCUGUCGGUUAUCGUGGGCAACGGUGCCCAGCUAUGUGCUAUGGUCGGAAUCACACUAAUAUUCGCGCUUCUCGGUUUCUUGUCGCCCUCGAAUCGUGGCUCCCUGGCAACUGUCAUGAUGGUAUGCUGGUCAUUCUUCGGCAGCAUUGGAGGAUAUGUCUCCAGUCGUGUAUAUGCAUCUUUGGGUGGAACAAACAGGAAAAAGAAUACUUUCCUAACUGCUACAGUCCUUCCGACAAUCGUCUUCGCUUUCGUGUUCCUGCUGAAUUUCUUCCUCAUUGGUGCUGGUUCUUCUGGAGCGGUACCCUUCGGUACGAUGUUGUUAGUUGUCUUGCUCUGGUUUGGUAUUUCUGCUCCCUUGUCUUCGAUUGGCUCGUACUUCGGGUCUAGACAUGGUACCGUAUCGCAUCCCGUACGUGUAAAUCCUAUUCCUAGACAAAUUCCGCCAACACCAAAAUAUCUUCGGCCUUACUGGGCAGCGAUAAUUAGUGGAAUUCUGCCUUUCGGCGCCGCCUUCGUCGAGCUCUACUUCGUCCUCACUAGUCUCUUCGCAUCCCGCGCGUACUAUGCGUUUGGCUUCCUUGCACUCACGGCGGCUGUCGUCGCUCUUACCACAGCAACAGUCACCAUCCUCUUCACAUACUUCCAACUCUGUGCUGAGGAAUACCGUUGGCACUGGCGUGCCUUCCUCUGUGGUGGUGGAAGCGCAUUCUGGUUGCUCGUUUAUGGACUGUAUUACUGGCUUUCGAGGCUCUCUUUGCACUCGUUCUCUAGUGUUGUUCUGUACCUUGGGUAUCUGUUCUUACUCGUGCUCCUGGACUUCUUAGUCACGGGCACGAUCGGUUUCCUUGCGAGCUAUUGGGCAGUUCGAAAGCUUUACAGUUCCAUUCGUGUGGAUUAGUGCUUAAUACCUCCUCUAAUUAUUUCUUGUCUCAUAUGGAGCACACUACCUUUGUUGUCUUGACGAUAACGCAAUGAUCAAAACUAGAUGCAAAUGAGGCAUGCAUCCCGGGUCUUCUUUGCUUUC